GAUUGACUUCCCUCCCUACUGGCUUUACAAAUUCACCUGCCGAAUUUUAAGCUUGCAUGGCUUUUAUUCUUCAAGACGAAAUGCCUCAUACUGCUGACAUCUUCAUAGAUGACCUUCCCAUCAAAGGUCCUCUGACUGAGUAUCUUGAUGAAAAUGGAGUUCCAGAAGUGUUAAAGGAAAACCCUGGAAUCCGAAGAUUCAUUUGGGAACAUGCCUGUGAUGUACAUCGAAUCAUGCAUCGUGUAGGCCAUGCUGGAGGAACAUUUUCACCAAGCAAAGUUCAACUUGCUCGCAGAGAAGUUGUGAUUGUAGGUCACAAGUGUACAUCUGAAGGAAGAAUUCCAGAUCCUAACAAGAUUGAAAAGGUUUUAAAUUGGCCCAUCCUUACCACUGUCAAAGAAGUCCGUGGAUUCCUAGGACUUUGUGGAACAGUGCGUAUUUGGAUCAAGAACUACUCAGCCAUGGCUCGACCCUUGACUGAGCUUAUUCGCCAUGACACUGACUUUGAGUGGGAUGACCGUCGACAAGAAGCCUUCGAUAACCUGAAGAUGUUGAUUACCUCUGCACCUGCCCUAAAGCCUAUUGACUACUCCUCUGAUUUGCCUGUAGUUCUCUCUGUGGAUUCAAGCUACAUUGCUGUUGGAUUCAUUCUUUCACAAAGAGAUGAACAAGGACACAAACGGCCAGCUCGCUAUGGAUCAAUUCCUAUGAAUGAACGAGAAGCACGAUACUCCCAACCUAAGUUGGAACUAUAUGGACUCUUUCGUGCCCUUAGAGCAUAUCGCCUCUACCUUGUAGGUGUCAAGAAACUGCAAGUGGAAGUUGAUGCCAAGUACAUCAAAGGAAUGCUCAAUGAACCUGACUUACAGCCCAAUGCUUCUGUCAAUCGCUGGAUUCAAGGAAUAUUACUCUUCGAUUUUGAGUUAAUUCAUAUCCCAGCUGAACGUCAUAAAGGACCAGAUGCCCUAUCACGUCGUGGACUUGGAGAAGGAGAAGAAGUGAAAGAAGAAGAUGAUGCUUGGUUGGAUGAAAUUGCUCUCUACACACUGCCACAUGAAGUCACAUUGGACAAUGAUGCAUUUCAGGAUUAUAAUCCUUUAAAGCUCAUUCCUGUGUAUAUUUCCACAGAUUCCAAACAAGACCAGACUAUGCGGCAAAUCCACAAGUUUCUAAGCACCUUAGAGACCCCAGAAUUUCUAUCACUUCAAGAACGCAAGAGGUUUAUUACCAAAGCAAGUCGAUUCUUUAUUCGAAAUGGCAAUAUGUAUCGACGAGCUGGACAACGACCCCCUCUAAAAGUUAUUUUCUCAGCUAACAAGAGACUUAGCAUUCUGGAAAGUGCACAUGAAGGACAAGGACAUCGUGGAGAGUAUGCAGUAAUGCGAAUGCUCAAAGAACGAUUUUACUGGCCAAAUAUGUGGAAUGAUGUUCAUCAACAUGUUCGAUCCUGUCAUCAGUGUCAGCUCAGAAGCACUCGUAAAGUUGAAGUCCCUCUGACAAUCUCUGCACCUGUGACACUGUUCACCAAGAUAUACUUGGAUAUCAUGUUUAUGCCCAAGGCAAAAGGAUUCAAGUAUAUCAUUGCAGCCAGAGAUGAUCUUUCUCGAGCUGCAGAAGGACGUGCCUUAAGAGAUGCAACUUCACAUGCCAUUGCCAAGUUUCUAUGGGAAGAAAUCUUCUGUCGAUAUGUGGAAAGAGGUCAUGCGAUUAUUCGUGAAUCCAUAGUGAAAGCCUGUGAUGGGAAAGUCAAAGACUGGCCAGACUAUGUUCCCCAUGCUUUCUUUGCAGACAAAAUCACUAUCAGUCGAUCAACAGGAUUCUCACCUUACUAUUUGCUAUUUGGAGUUCACCCAGUCUUACCUUUCGAUCUCUUGGAAGCAUCAUUUCUAGUGGAAGGUUUCCACUCUGGAAUGUCUACAACUGAUUUGCUUGCACUGCGAAUCCAGCAACUUUCAAAGAAGGAUCAAGAUCUGGAAAAGGCUGCAGAAGUUCUUGCAAAGACACGUUUACGCUCAAAGGCUCAAUUUGAGAAGAAGUUUGAGCAUAGAAUUCGAGUUGAAAGUUUCAAGCCUGGAGAUCUCGUACUUGUACGAAACACUGCCAUUGAAAGAUCCUUGAAUCGCAAGACUAAACCCCGGUACUUAGGACCCUAUGAAGUAGUUCGACGGACCUUCAAAGGAGCCUAUAUCGUGAAAGAGCUUAAUGGAAACCUCUGGAAACAGGGAAUAGCGGCCUUUCGAUUGCUACCCUAUAUCUCAAGAGAUGACUCAAGGCUUCAAGAUCUUGCAGGAAGAAUAGAAGAAAUUGGAAGGCCAUCGCAAAAGCAUAUCACUGAAUUUAGUGACUUGGAUUCAAGUGACUCAAGUGAAGAGUCUACUAGCAAUCUUGAAGAUGUCUUCUAUGAGCAUAUAUCAAAUCACUAGACAACAUAGUCUAUGUGAAGAAGUAGUCAAGAACGUACUUGACUAGUGGCUAGAGAAUAUCUGAAUUCUCUAUCUCAAAUACUUCUAGACAGAGUGGUCUAGAAAGAUAUUUUUGUCAAGACCACAUUUCUUCAAUUUGAUUCUCAGAAGAAAAGAUAUCGUCAAGUGAAAUGCCCAAAGAAGUCCAACAAAGUCAUAGAAGAAGA